GCAUGACGGAAGAUGUAGUAAUCUUCAACUGGCUAGAAAACGUUCUUGUGCCGGAAAUAAACUACAACUACCACAAGUCUUUCCGCGUACGUCAUUUUUUUCUUUUUCACAAACAACAAUGGCGUCGCACGGAGCAGAUGCGGGUUCCUCCAAGCCCAUAGCGUCUUCGGAGGAGCAGCAGAGAGAGAGAAAACCAGCGGCCGUGUCGUUUGGUUUCACCAAAACAGCCAGUAAAUUUAAACCGUUGACGAGCGACGCUCAGGCCAAGAAAGAUGACAGAGAUUACCUGACAGGAAUUCAUGGAAAUGAGCUGCAAAGUUCAAAGCCAAGUGAGAAACCCAAGGAGCUCAUCAUCCCUCUGAUCCAGAAGAACCGCUGGCACAAGCCGGACCAAGUGGGCCAGAACUCAGAAAAUGGAGGCAAAACAGAAAACACAACCCAAGACAAUGACUCUGUGGAGUCUCAAGCUGUUAAGGAGCUCAUUGAAGAUUCGCGGAGGCAGCUUGAUCUGUGGCAAAAUGGCCCUAAGUCAGAAAACAUAAACCUCUCCAUCCCCCUGUUAAUGCAAAACAAAGUGCCAGAAGGCUUUGAGGAUGGAGACCAAGUAAAGGUGGACCUGAGGCCUGAAUCUUCAACAGAGGCAGAUUAUGAGCGUGUUCCUGUUGAGGCUUAUGGACUUGCAAUGCUUAAAGGGAUGGGUUGGAAGAAGGAGGAAGGCAUUGGACGUACCUUUAAACAAGAUGUGAAGCCAAUUGAGCACCAGCUGCGUCCGAAAGGAUUGGGUCUUGGAGCAGAUCGUUCGGCAGCAAAGGACCUGGAGCCCAGCAAACAUCAGCGUCCUCCAAAGCCAGGCGAGGAGCGGGGAAAGGAGGAGGAGCUAGUGAUGGGUCCCGGGGGUUGUGUGCUGGUACAGUCGGGGCCACAUAAAGAUCUCUAUGGCAAGAUAGAAGGUGUUGAUCCAGACAAUGCUCGAGUCAUGGUGAAGUUGGCUAUUGGCAGCAAGGUUGUGACGAUUAGCCAAUACGCCAUUAAACUGGUGGAGCGCAAGGAAUAUGAGAAAUACAGCAAAGAUCUCAGUCGCCUCAGUAAAGCCCACAAAGACAAGGAAAGGGAGAAAGAGAAGGGAAAGGAUCAAGAGAGAGAGCGUCAGAGGCGGGAGGAGAACGAGAGUAGUAGUAACAGCGACAAAGUAAAACACAAGUCCUCAGAAAGAGAUCGAGAAAAAGACGAGAAGAAGAGGAAACACAGAGAAUCAAGUCAAGACAGAGAUAAGCCUCCAGUGAAAGAAGCAAGGCGACCACCAGCUCCCCCGUCCUGGCUCCAGAGAGACCUGAAAGUUCGCUUUAUAGACAAAGUGUUCAAAGGGGGCAGGUACUACAAUUCAAAGAUGCAAGUGGAGGAUGUCCUGACGCCGUCUACCUGUGUGUGCCGAACUGAAGAGGGAAGACUGUUAGACGAUGUGAAGCAGGACAUGCUGGAAACUAUUGUCCCAAAAAGUGAAUAUGAUUCUGUAAUGGUGGUACUGGGUGAGCACAAGGGAAAGGUUGGCCGUAUUCUUCAGCGGGACAAGAACAAGUGCAGAGCGAUGGUCCAGCUCGACAGAUACGAGGAUAAAGUGUUCACAUUGGACUAUGACUCCAUUUGUCACUAUGUUGGGGCAGCAGCAGACCACUGAUUUCUGAUGUUUACUGUAAUAUUCACUGUCCUUUUUCCAUCGACUUCUUCCCAGCUGUUUUUUUUGUUUUGUUAGUUAUUAUUCAAGUAUUAUGGAUUUUAAAAGAUUGCAAUUUUGUAAU